AUGGCGCUAAACAUUGUUGCCAGGUUUUCGCGCAGUGUUAGUUUAAAUACUACACACUUGGAGCAGUUUCGUUGCCCUGUGACUUCUAUUGGAAAAGGCUACUUUGGAUUGCAUCUCAAUCGUAAAUUUAGCACAGAAGCCGUUGGAGAGUCAACGCCGAAGGAGAGUGAUAAAGAAAUAGAAUCCUUAAAGACUGAAAUGCAGAAAAUAACUGAAAGAUAUAAUGAUUUAGAUGACAAAUAUAAAAGGGCUCUCGCCGAGUCCGAAAACAUGCGUAAACGUUUGAUGAAACAAAUAGAUGAAGCCAAACUAUUCGGUAUCCAAAGUUUCUGCAAAGAUUUACUGGAAGUGGCUGAUAUUUUAACGUCUGCUACUAAAUCAGCUCCUCAAGACCAAUUAAAAGAUGGAGUUAAUCCUCCGUUCGCUAAUUUGUACCAUGGAUUAGUAUUGACAGAAAGCCAGUUGUUCAAGGUUUUCUCCCGCUAUAACUUAGUCCAGAUUUCUCCACAAGUUGGUGAACAUUUUGACCCAAAUAUUCAUGAAGCUGUGUUCCAAGCUCCUUUGGAAGCUGGAAAGGAAAAGAAUACAGUCGCUGUGGUAACAAAAGUAGGUUAUCAAUUACAUGGACGACCUCUGAGACCGGCGUGUGUUGGUGUGUUUGGACCUUAA